AUGGAAUCGAACAUAUAUGAAUAUCAAUGUCAGUAUACGGAGGAUGUUAAGAAGAAGCACAAGGUCUGGCAUGAUGGGAAAUUGAAGUAUUUUGAAUUGAAUAAUAAGUUCCAACUGUUUUCUCAAGAGGAUAACAUAUUGAUAUGUACGACAUUUGUUACGAAGCCGAGGGAUGUGCAAGUUAUUUUGGAUGAAGAGGCGUUUGGGAAGGAGGAGCAUAAGUUGGGUGGUAAGAAUCUGGUGAUAAUCGAAGAAAAGAUUUGUGAGUAUAGUCGAGAGGUUCAAGUACAAGCGAAUGGGAGUAGUCAGAAUAGAGCAAGUCAGAAUAGGUCGACUCUUCAUAAGUCUACCCUUAAUAAUGUUGGUAAGUUGAGUGUGCAAAAGAGGAAAACAAUUGUACAAACAAAUGCCAUCACUCGUAAGAAUAGUUUUGAUCCAUUAGCUUUAAAAUUCAAUACGCCUUUCAAGAAACCAAGAAUGAUCAAGCAAGUGACGCCUGAGACGAAUUCGAAUCGACCUAGUAUAAGGAAUAGCAAACAAUUGGAGAGAUCUAAUACAAGUAGUUUAAGUAGCCCGCGUAGUAAGAAUAUAAUAAAGCCUAUUGAAAGUCCGAUGACGAUUCCUAUUGAAAGUCAAAAUUCUAGUGAUUGUAAUGAAAUUUCUAUAAGCACUAAGCAAGUCAACUCUAAGAUGGCAAAAGAUAUGCCGGAACCCAAGCUGCAGCCCAAGUCGCAGCCCAAGUCGCAGCCCAAGCCACACCCUAAACCACACCCUAAACCACACCCUAAACCAGCCCUGUCUAGCAAUCUCCCCAGCAACCCACCCAGCCCUAACCCUAUCCAAAACCCAAAACGCCAUUUGAAGAGAUCCAAGAUUAGAGUGAUUAAACCCGAGACUAUAAUCCUAUAG